AUGAUGGAAUAUGUGAAAACCCAUUGUCAGAGUAGAUCUAAAACUGGAGAUAAUGGUAAUUUUGAACGAAUUCGUAAAUAUCGUGGAAAUCUACCCAAAAAAUCAGUGAAUAUACUGAAACAAUGGUUAAUUGAUCAUCGCGAUUACCCUUAUCCAAGUGAUAGUGAAAAAAUUCAGCUAAGUCGAGAAACAGCUUUGACUACUUUACAAGUAUGUAAUUGGUAUAUAAAUGCACGUCGUCGUGUUUUACCAAAACUUGAUGGGAAUAUAAAUCCAGACGAUUUUAAAAUUUCAAAACGAAGAAAAAUAGUAACAGGUGCAUGUAAUCAACCAACAACUGAUCUCGAUAACAACGAUAAUAAAAAACGGGAUCAGCUGGUUAAUAAAAAUAGACCAUGUACACGUGCUCAUAAAAAAAAUAACAUAAUAUGCAGUGAAGAAGAUAGUCUGGAUGAUUAUCUGAGCUCAAACAGUGAAGAUAAAGGUACAAUUGUUUCACCUUCAACACCAGGAACAUUAUCGCCACUGCCUGCAGCACCAGCACCAUUACAACGGCAAAGAUCGGUCAACUUCCCUCCUCAUGAUAUUGAAAUGGUUGAUGAUGAUUAUCAGAACAGGGAUUAUGAAAAUUCAGCUAAAACAACUUGCAGGAAGGUUGACAAUAAUGGAAAUAAUGUACAAUGCAAUUAUUUGGAAAUGUUAAUUGAAGCAACAAGUAUUGUAGAGGCAGAAGAAAAACGCAAAAGAAAAUUCAUGAUGGCAUAA